UCUGGAACAUUUUGCCGUUUCCACUCACUGCUCCGCGCAUUCUUGUGCAUCACCCGAGGUCCUCCAGUAGGCAGGGGAAAACUCAACAGGUACACUAACGCAUUUUCAAGGAGAUGGAAUUAAUACACGUUGUUUUUGUGGCCGCCGCUUUCUGGGUCGGCGCCGAGGCUGUCAUCAAUCUGAAAUACGGAAUAAACGAGGAGAUGAAGCCCGGGUCAGUGAUAGGCAACGUGACGAAGGACGCACAAAAGCAAGGAUUUCAAAUUGCGCCGCAGCCGCCGUACUUGCGAGUUAUUUCCAAUUCGGAGCCAGGAUGGGUUGAACUCAGUCCAGCCGGAAUCCUCACGACCCAAAUGAAAAUCGACCGGGAUGUUGUUUGUCGACAAAACCCAAAGUGCAUUAUUUCCCUCGAAGUCAUGUCAAACUCCAUGGAGAUCUGCGUCAUUAAAGUUGAAAUUGAGGAUUUGAACGACAAUGCCCCCAGAUUCCCCACGAGUCACAUUGACAUUGAAAUCUCAGAGAACGCCUCCCCUGGUACGAGGUUUCCCCUAGAGGGGGCAAGCGAUCCGGAUUCGGGCAUUUUUGGAGUGCAAUCUUAUUCCAUCACCCCAAACGAGCUUUUCGGCUUAGAGAUAAAAGCUAGAGGAGAUGGGUCCAAAAUUGCUGAGCUUGUGGUGCAAAAGUCAUUAGACAGGGAGACUCAGUCCCACUAUACAUAUGAGAUCAGUGCAGAGGAUGGAGGGGACCCUCCAAAGAUAGGCGCGGUCCAGCUGAACAUCAAAGUAAUAGAUUCGAACGAUAACAACCCGGUGUUCGACGAACCGGUGUAUACCGUCAACGUGAUGGAGAACUCGCCCGUCAACACCUUGGUCAUAGACCUGAACGCGACGGAUCCCGACGAGGGCACCAAUGGAGAGGUCGUGUACGCGUUCAACAGUUACGUCACCGAGAAAACGAGGGACGCGUUCAAAAUUGACCCCAGAACCGGCAUCAUCACUGUCAACGGCGUGUUGGAUUAUGAGACAACGCAAAUAUAUGAGAUCGAUGUCCAGGCGAAAGAUUUAGGUCCCAAUUCCAUCCCCGCUCACUGCAAAGUAACCGUAAACGUGAUGGACACGAAUGACAACCCGCCUGUCAUUAGUUUACUCUCACUAAACACGGAGAUGGUUGAAGUCAGCGAGAACGCGCUGCGUGGUUAUGUCAUUGCAUUAGUGAGGGUGUCUGAUAAAGAUUCUGGGUCCAACGGCAAAGUGCAGUGCAGACUCCAAGGCAACGUGCCUUUCAGACUGCAAGAGUAUGAGAGCUUCUCGACCAUCCUAGUUGACGGUAGGCUGGACCGAGAGCAAAGGGACACAUACAAUCUGACCAUCCAGGCAGAGGACAGUGGCAUUCCUCCUUUGCGCGCCACCAAGUCCCUGGUGGUCAAAGUCACGGAUGAAAAUGACAACCCUCCCCACUUCCUAAAGCCCCACUAUCAAGAAAUGGUGAUGGAAAACAACCUCCCGGGUUCAUCUUUGCUUGCAGUGUCGGCAGAGGACCCGGAUUUGGGCAUGAACGGCACCGUUUCAUACUCCAUAAUCCCCGGGGAGAUUAGGCACAUGGACGUAAACACAUAUGUCAGCAUAAACCCAUCAGGCUGCAUUUACUCCAUGAGAGCUUUCGAUCACGAGUACACCCGGACUUUUGAUUUCAAAGUCUUGGCCAGAGACAACGGAAACCCGUCCCUGUCUAGUAACGCGACGGUGCGCAUCGUCGUGCUCGAUGUAAACGACAACACACCUGUCAUGACUAACCCCCCGCUGGUUAACGGCACGGCCGAGGUUUCCAUCCCGAGAAACGCUGGGGUGGGCUACAUGGUGACCCAAGUCAAAGCCGACGAUUAUGACGAGGGGGAGAACGGCCGUCUGACCUACACCAUCUCGGAGGGAGACAGGCCUUUCUUCGAAAUCGACCAGGUGAACGGAGAAGUUCGCUCCACCCGGAUGUUCGGGGAGAACGCCAAGUCCACCUACGAGAUCACGGUGGUGGCUCGCGACCACGGGAAGCCCUCGCUGUCUGCGUCGGCGUACAUUGUGGUCUACCUCUCGCCCGACCUGAAUUCACAGGAGUCUAUCGGACCCGUAAACCUCUCCCUCAUCUUCAUCAUCGCCCUGGGCUCUAUCGCUGCCAUCUUGUUUGUCACUAUGAUUUUUGUCGCGGUCAAGUGCAAAAGGGAUAACAAGGAGAUCCGAACGUACAACUGCAGUUUCUUCUACCUGCGCAGGGUGGCAGAGUACUCGUAUGGCAACCAGAAGAAGUCCAGCAAGAAGAAGAAGCUGAGCAAGAAUGAUAUCCGCCUGGUGCCACGUGACGUCGAGGAGACAGACAAGAUGAACGUGGUGAGUUGCUCGUCUCUCACGUCUUCGCUCAACUACUUCGACUACCACCAGCAGAGCCUGCCGCUCGGCUGCAGGCGCUCCGAAAGCACCUUCCUCAAUGUGGAGAACCAGAACUCGCGCAACGCGGCCCCCAACCAUGGCUAUCAGCACGCUUUCACCGGGCAGGCCCACCAACAGCCAGACCUCAUCAUCAACGGCAUGCCACUGCCAGAGACAGAGAAUUAUUCCAUUGACUCCAGUUAUGUGAACAGCAGAGCUCACCUCAUUAAAAGCACAUCGACGUUCAAGGACUUGGAGGGGAACAGUCUGAAGGACAGUGGCCACGAGGAGAGCGACCAGACCGACAGUGAACACGAUGUCCAGAGAGGCCAUUAUGUAGACACGGCUGUCAAUGACGUGCUGAAUAUGACAGUCCCCCCCAAUGUCUGCCAGCUUCCCGACCAAGACCCAAGUGAAGGCUUCCACUGCCAAGAUGAGUGCCGUAUCCUGGGCCAUUCCGACCGUUGCUGGAUGCCACGUGUGCCCAUCCCAUCACGUGCUAAGUCACCUGAGCAUGGUCGUAAUGUCAUUGCUCUCUCUAUCGAGGCCACCACAAUGGACGUGCCCCACUAUGAGGAUGGCACCGCUAAAAGGACAUUUGCCACCUUUGGCAAGGAGGGCCCUGAGGAUGUGGAGCGGGGCGAAUUUAAGGGAAAGCGGACUCAGGAGUCUCAGGUGUGCAGCCCUAAGGCCAAUGGCGGAGCAGUCCGUGAAGCUGGCAAUGGGCGGGAAGCAGCCAGCCCCAUCACGUCCCCUGUCCACCUGAAGAGCCCAGUGUCCAAGCCGUCAUCUGCCUACAACACACUGAAAUGCCGCGAUGCAGAACGCAUUGCCAACCACAGCCUGCUGCGGCAGCCCGAGGGUAAGGACAGUGAGCCGGCCAUCAGGGAGAUUAACACGCUUCUCCACGACGGCCGUGAUAAGGAAUCCCCCAGCAGCAAGCGCCUGAAGGACAUUGUGCUCUAGCGAGCUUCUCUACAGUGCACACCCACAUGGAUACACACAUACAGUGUAAACUCGCUAUAUAUACCCCGCAAUAGCUGUGUGUAUGCAGGAGAAAAUCGGGCCGCGGAAGGAGAGAGACAUCCAUGUGCAGUAUACAACAUGCACGGACCAGUUAAAGAUGAAGAUAAGGAACUGUAGUAUGCUGCAGCUAGUUGUGUGCUCAAGAGCUGAGGUAGUGGAUGUGGCUUUGUUGUAGUCGCAGUACUUUUUCCUUGUUUGCUUUUUGUUUCGUUUUCUGUUUUCAGUCUACAGCAAGUAGACAGGCAAGUUACUGUUGGCUGCAUGAAUGUGGCCUGUGGUGCGCUUCAGCCCCCUUGCACCAAAGCAGGAUACAUGUUUGGACACCUGUGGUGCCAACUCAGAAGUACAGUUAUGCCUUUUGAACUACUUUUUGUAUUACAAACUGAUAUUUGCCUUCUUGGGUUUUGCAGUUUGUUCUAGCUGCCAAAAUCGCUCUGUUUCUUUGUAUAGUGAGCUCUGUCAACGUAAUAAAUGGCAACAGGCGUACACAGGAUUCUUCUCGACAAUAUACUCGAUUUGUUCCUUUCAACAGUUUUCAGUGCACACGAGAGAGGGGAAUGGUGGCAUUUCACCCAAUCCAGUCUCAUUUGGCCCUCUCCAUGUCUGAUAAGAGAAGCCUUCUCUGCAUAUCCCUGAGGACAUCUUAGUGUCAUCAGACUGUGAGGUCUUUACAGUAUUACAGUAUUUAUGUCUUAUCAUGGAUGGAGCUAAAUGAACUCUCGCUAUCUGCCCAACCACUCUGAACACUGAAAGUGGGACAUAUGUGGAUCCUUGAGUUCCAAUUGAGCUGUAAGAGAGAGAGAGAGAGAGAGAGAGAGAGAGAGAGAGAGAGAGAGAGAGAGAGAGAGAGAGAGAGAGAGAGAGAGAGAGAGAGAGAGAGAGAGAGAGAGAGAGAGAGAGAGAGAGAGAGAGAGAGAGAGAGAGAGAGAGAGAGAGAGAGAGAAGACAUUGCUUUUGAAAUCUCCUGUGCCCAACCUUGAUUGUAGCCAGUGGAGCACAAAUUAGAGCUUUGUGCUUCGGUCUUGUACUUUUUCUGACUUUUGACAAUGGGGCUAGGAUAGAAGGGAUCGUCACUCAUGUCUUGCUAUGUGAAACUCUGCAUAGGGUUUACUAUUAUAAUUUUUAAUAACCUGUUGUUAUGUGACAAUCCCUUUAAUGUUUUGUUUCGAGAGUAAAAAAAAAAGAUAAAAAAAACAAAAAAAAACAAGAAAAAACAAAUAAACAUUGGUGUUCAACUGAAACUACAGUAGCGUUUGUUACACAAACACAAAAAUGAAAAAAAUAUAUAUGCCAAAAUAUAUUUUAUAAAUAAUUUAAAAAUGUAUAAUGAGAAUAUUUAAUGCCGUGUAGUUAUUUUAUCAGUAAGUUAUACUUGAAAUUAACUUGCUUUUGUUUUAUUUGUUUUUUGCUUUUUUUGUUGAACUUGUUUUUUGUUUUUGUUUUUUUCAGAAUGAACCUGGAUUAUUUUUUUGUUUACUGUGUGACCCCUGGCAACUGUUGACUUGCAGUCUACCUUGUUGUAAAGAGUUUCUUAUUGGUCAGUUCUUGUGCCAUCAAGUUUCUGUGUGGGCUAAUAGAAAAUGUAAAAAGACAAAAAAAAAAAACAAACAAACAAAGAAGCGAUUUCAGCAACAACGUUAGUGUGUCAGUUCAAUGAGCUUAGAGUGAGAUAGCAAAAGAAACCAAAAAAGACGCAAACAGAACCUUAAAGAUAGCAGGAUGUUGCUUAAUCUUAGUAUCUAAGAAGGAGAAAGACGGUCACCGUUACUCAUCAAGGUGGUGACAGGUUUCCACUUAUUACAUCUGUUUCAUGAGUCAGCCUCUCUAUCGGACCCUAUUGAGUUUAGCCAGACUACGAGAAUUUUCCAAACUUCAAUUAAGAGAAGACAACACUGUCUGCCUGAGUGAUCUGCUGAGGAUCUUGAAGAUAAGCCAGUAAGACUAGACCGAUAAGAAUGGCAGGGCUCAUAUUCCUACAGGCGCUGUAGAUGGUGCCCAUACGGUAGGAUGGAAAGUUUAAGUGAACAAAGGUCUUAGAAGAACCAUAUUACUCUCUGGCAAUAUGGUUUAAUGUUGCUUUGCAGUAAACUAUGUACAAUAUGGAAAAUAUGAAUGACAUUAAGGACAAAUUGCAUACAACAAUCUAGAUCUUGUAGCUGAAUGUUUUUGCUGGUCUCACCCAUAGCUUCUGGCAACAUGAAAAUCGGAAUAAUCACUGAAUGUAUACAGCAGCUUAUAAUUAAACUAUUAAAUGUC